AUGAAGGUCCUGAUCUUAGCUGCCCUGGUGUCCCUGGCCUCAGCAGGAUUUUUCGAUGAUAUUGCCGAUGGAUUCAAAUCAGCUGGAGACUGGGUGCAGAACAAAGCAGCGCCUGCUGUCAAGGAAGCUGCUAGUGAUACGGGUGAUUGGGUGCAUGAAAAAGCCGUGCCAGCCGUGAAGACUGCUGCCAGUGAUACGGGCGAUUGGAUCAACGACAAGGCUGUGCCCGCUGUGAAAUCCGCGGCUUCUGACACUCAUGACUGGGUGCGCGACACGGGUGUUCCUGCUGUGGGAAAGGCGGCUUCUGAUGCCGGCGAUUUCAUCCAGGGCAAGGACCGGAAA